CAGUAGCCGAGUAGGGGCUAUGUCAGCAUGUGCAAGGAAUGGUAUUUUUACUUUUGACAAACUCCUUUGAAAAGGCGUCCAUCAAUAAGCUCCAUCGGACUCUAGAAGGACUAGAACUCAGUAGUAGUUAGUGGCUUGUUCUGUCAUCCGUUCAAACAACGUGCACGUGCAAACUCAGUGAAGCCCGGCGACCUCUGGACUAUUCAACUCACUAAAUAAAACAGAAGUCAUCAUCAUCACUUUCUGUUGCAGAGUUGGGUAUAUUUCCAUUUCAGCUGGAUGUGAUCGUGAAAGCGUGUUCCCAGGAUCACAAACACCAUGGAGUCGGCUUUGAUUUUCGUUGUGUCGCUGCUCGUGCCGCUAUGUGGAGCGGAGCUAUCUUUUCAAGAAUGGAGAGCAGAGUAUGGCGAGGAGGCACUCUUUGCAGACGACAAUAUUCUCAUCGACAGAGAACAGGUGUAUUACAACAAUGUCAAGCUCAUUCAGCGUCUGAACGAAGAAGACAAUGGGGCUGAGUUUCGAGUAAAUCAGUUUGCUGCGAUGACUCCCGAAGAGUUUCGUCACCAGGUGCUGAUGCGUCCACAGAAACCGUUAGAGUUCAAGGAGACGCGAUACAUGGAAUCAGUGGAAGCAGCUGCUCCUCUACCGACAUCCUUUGACUGGACAACGCACAGCAAUGUUGUGACUUCAGUCAAGAAUCAAGGUGCACUGGGAUCUUGUUGGGCGUUCAGCACUGUUGGUAACGUUGAGGGUCAGUGGGGUCUGAAGAAUGGUCUGAAGAAUGGUAAUGACACUCUACAGUCACUGUCCACCAUGCAGAUACUCUCCUGUGAUGCCGAGAAGGACAUUGCUCAUGGCCGUGCCGACUGUGGUGCGUUUGGUGGCUGGCCGUAUCUCGCCUAUCAGUACCUGAUGAAAGCGGGCGGCAUUGAGCCGGAUGUGGACUAUCCGUACUGCGUGGACGGCUGCUUCCCGUGCGCUCCACACGGUUACAACGUUAGCCUGUGCGGUCAGAAGGUGGAGUACUGCCGCAAGAACGACAGCUGCCCGGCCAUGCUCCGAACGCAGGACUUCGUUCCAGGCCUGCAGUUGGCUGACUGGAAGGCGAUCAGUACGGAUGAGACUGAGAUUGCACAGCAGCUAGUGGACAUUGGACCACUGUCGGUGGCCAUGGAUGCCACUCUGCUGAAUUUCUACCACAGCGGUGUGUUCCAUCCACCCUUCUGCAGUAAAACUGAACUUGAUCACGCUGUGUUGAUUGUUGGCUUUGGAGUGGAAAAAGAGCUGUUGUCAACCAAGCCCUACUGGCUCGUCAAGAACAGCUGGGGUGCAAAGUGGGGACAGAAAGGCUACUUCAAGAUCAUGCGUGGAGAAGGCACGUGCGGCAUCAACACCCAGGUCACAACAUCCGUCCUCAAAUAGAGCGCCAUCAAACAGCAUUCCAGAAGACAUUUGAUUUCGUUUUGGAGCUGUGCUCCUUAAAUUUUGUUUUUGUUUUAGUCCUGUUGAUUUGUAGAUCAGGAACAUUAUCCCUGUGCCUGCUUGUAUGAGAGUGUGUGUGUUUGUGUGUUUUCGGAUGUGUCCAUGUGCUGCUGAAGUAAAUAUGCCGACAAGCCAAUUUCACAAUACUCUUUUUUUCUGGUCUUAUUCAGAAGAAGUCUUCAGGACAGCUGGUCCUAUUCCACAUUUUUAUUUGAUCUGGCCAGUCAAGCCUCACACACAUGUAUGUGCACUGGUACUAAAAAGAGCAUAGAAACCUGGAAAAAAA